AUGGGAGAACCUGACGACCCCUCUAUACGCAGCUUCAAGUCUAAGGCAGCAUCUGCACUUGGCUUGGGACGCAAGAAAGACACUCAGACCGACGUCCUUCCGACCCACAACCCCCACACGACCGCCCAUCCUGGCCUAGAUGGCAGCAACCCGUCGCGUAGUGCGCCCGGCACCACCAACAGCGACCACAAUGAGAAGCCUGUCGCGUCCGACAAUAACUCUACAGACAUUGAAGAUGGCAGCGUUAAUACCGCGGCUGAUGGAAAGACGCCUUCCGCCAUAGGAUCCGAGAAGCGUCCGUUCUAUUCGUCUGUGCGUAUCAAGAACGGAAGCCUCCGAUUCAUAUCCCACACCAAGAAUGCCAUCACACAUAGCUGGAUCAACGUCCUGCUUGUCUUCGUGCCUCUUGGUAUUGUAGUCAAGCUUGUGCACCUGAAGCCCGAGAUUGUUUUCUCCAUGAACGCCAUUGCCAUCAUUCCACUGGCUGGCCUGCUCGCGCACGCAACCGAAGUUGUCGCUGCCCGUGUUGGAGAUGCGCUUGGUGCACUGCUCAACGUAUCCUUCGGAAACGCUGUCGAGUUGAUCCUCUUCAUCAUCCUGCUCGCCUCUGACCAAAUCGAGGUCGUGCAGGCGUCUUUGCUCGGGUCCAUCCUCGCCAACCUGCUUCUCAUCCUGGGCAUGGCCUUCCUACUUGGUGGUCUGAAAUACCAGGAGCAGGUUUACAACAACACUGUCACUCAGAUGAGUGGUGUCAUGCUGGCUCUUGCCGUAAUGAGUCUUCUGCUGCCCACUGCCUUCCAUGCUGCUUUCGAGGACAAUGCCAUUGCCGACCACGAGACACUGUCCGUCAGUCGCGGUACCAGCGUCAUUCUAUUACUGGUUUACGGCUUGUACCUUCUCUUCCAGCUCAAGAGUCAUCGCUAUCUCUAUGCUAGCACACCCCAACAUAUUAUUGACGAGGAAUCGCAUCCUGGUGUUCUCGCCGGUGCAUUCGACUCGUCCAGUUCCGACUCUUCAUCCAGCUCUAGCAGCAGCGACAGCGACAGUUCUUCAAACAAUUCUGAUGGUACUAUGAAGAAGAAGGCCAAACGUAUGGUCAAGAGGCUUCGCCGCAAAUCCAGUGCUAGCUCCAAAGACGAUGGUGCACUUUCGGCCCUGAGCUCCCCCUCUGCCGAGCUGAACCAAAGUCCUUUCGAGACGGAGAGGACCAGCAGCGUUGUCACCGCCAACAAUGCAGCUCCCAUCACCUCUCGCCGACACUCAUUCGACGUCAUGAGUGGUGAUGAAGCCGAUAAUGAUCAAUACGUCCCAGUCGUUCGCGACUUCGAAGCCGCCUCGCAUACCUCGCGAUCCUUGACGAAGAAGGAAAAACGCAAAAACAAGAAGAGCAAGAAGGACCGCCGUGAUCGUAACAAGAUUGACACCAUUCCUGAGAAGGAGAUCACACCCAAUGAGAUCGCGCCCAAGGUUACCUUCGCUGAGGAGACACAGCAGGAUGUUGCUGCUCCGAUGAACUCACGCAGAUACAACCGCCCAGCCCUCCCUUCCCUGCUCUCGAACAACGUCUUCUCGAACCCCCAAAACCUCGCUCCGUUUGGCGGGCCCGCGCCCAACAUUCGUAUGGCAGCACCUCGCGACAACGCGGCUCUGCGUGCACCUCUCCGACGAUCCAAGUCUCUUCCAGACCAAAUUGGCCGCGCCGAUUCCACAGGCAGCGCAGUCAAACAUCCUGCUGUCUCUCCCCAGGCAGCCAUGACACUCACCGAGGAUGACGAAGACGAAGAAGCAUCUGAUAUGUCUAUCAAAGCGGCCAUCUUCAUGCUUUUGAUCAGUACAGGUCUCGUUGCUGUCUGCGCCGACUUCAUGAGUGACGCUAUCGAACCCAUGGUCGAAACUUCCGGUAUUAGUCAAGCGUUCAUCGGUCUCAUUAUCCUUCCCAUUGUGGGUAACGCCGCAGAGCACGUCACAGCUGUUACUGUCGCCAUGAAGAACAAGAUGGACCUCUCUAUCGGUAUCGCUGUUGGCUCCUCUAUCCAGAUCGCCAUCUUCAUCACGCCUGUCAUUGUCAUUCUUGGCUGGAUCAUGGGCAAGGAGAUGACACUUUAUUUCAACAUCUUCGAGACUGUCGCACUAUUCGUCACUGUAUUGGUGGUGAACUUUUUGGUGUUGGACGGUCGCAGUAACUACCUCGAGGGUAGUCUACUGAUUGCUGCCUAUAUCAUCAUCGCGCUAGCCAGUUUCUUCUACCCCGACGGAUGUGAGGCCAGUGCUAUCGGUGGUAACGAGGAGCGCUGCAAUAACAUUCAGGUCGCUCAGUUGGCACAGGGCAUGGUCAAGAGGAUGAUCGGCAUGUAG